AUCGACUCCACGGCGGGACUGCGCAGGUUUCAUUGUCCCAGUUGGCUUUGAUUUGGACCCAGGCUGUGACGCUGGAGAACUGCAGAAUCCCCAUUCACCGACAAUGGCCCCCAAACCGCCGCCUGGCACGUCUGCCAGAGCCUGGGAUGCAAUAACCCCCGCUCUGUCGGAUUGGGUGCUGGAUGCCGUUUCCUCCAUGGGUUUCACACGGAUGACCCCCGUCCAGGCGUCUGCCAUUCCUCUGUUUAUGGCGCACAAGGAUGUCGUUGUUGAGGCUGUCACUGGAAGUGGAAAGACUCUAUCUUUUCUGAUCCCGGUUGUUGAGAAGCUUUUGCGCCUGGAAGAGCCGCUUAAGAAACACCAUGUCGGCGCCAUCAUCAUUUCUCCGACCAGAGAGCUCGCAUCACAGAUCUACAAUGUAUUGACAUCCUUGCUCGCCUUCCAUCCUCCAUCUGCCUCCGCUAUCACCCCCUCCGACGAAGACGACAAUGUGCCUCGUCAGAAAUAUCCUUCCUCCACCCUUAAAGUUGUCCCGCAGCUCCUUCUCGGCGGUUCGACAUCCCCAGCAGAGGAUUUGAGUACCUUCCUGAAGCGAUCCCCGAAUUUGCUAGUGUCAACGCCGGGACGGCUGCUGGAGUUGCUCUCGUCGCCCCAUGUUCACUGCCCUCAGUCGUCUUUCGAAAUGCUAGUCAUGGACGAAGCAGACAGGCUUCUGGAUCUUGGAUUCAAGGAUACACUGCAGAACAUCUUGCGCCGCCUACCCAAGCAACGGCGGACAGGAUUGUUCAGUGCCAGCGUCAGCGAAGCCGUGGAUCAGAUUGUCCGGGUCGGUCUGCGCAAUCCCGUCAAAGUCAUGGUUAAAGUAAAGGGCACCGCGGGUGUCCAGGAUAAGCGUACCCCCGCCAGCUUGCAAAUGACAUAUCUCGCAGUUCCUCCAACACAUAAAUUCCCCGCCAUUAAGCACAUCCUCUACUCGGUUGAGCCAACUCCUCAAAAAACUAUCUUCUUCGUGUCGACAUGCUCGGGCGUGGACUACCUCUCUGCGAUCCUUCCUUUGAUUCUAGGCGACGAUUUCCAGUUGAUACCCCUGCAUGGUAAACACCAAGCAAAUGUUCGUGAAAGGAACUUCAACCGCUUCGUGAACUCGCAUACUCCCGCCAUUCUCCUGACCACCGACGUUGCUUCUCGUGGUCUAGAUAUCCCUUCGGUCGACCUCGUAAUACAGAUUGAUCCCCCUUCCGACCCGAAGAGUUUCAUCCACAGGUGCGGCCGUGCAGGACGAGCUGGUCGAAAGGGACUGAGUGUCGUCCUACUCCACCAAGGACGAGAAGAAGACUACGUUUCCUUCCUAGAAGUUCGCAAGACCCCAGUCGGACCGUACCCCCACGCCCUCACCAUAUCAGAUGCAGACGCCGCUGCGGCCACGAAAACGGCUCGCAAAGCCGUACUUGCGGACCGUGCAUUACAUGAUCGUGGUCAGAAGGCUUUUGUCAGCUGGUUCAGAAGCUACAGCAAGCACCAAGCAAGUAGUAUAUUCCGCGCUGCAGACCUGGACUGGGAAGGCCUAGGCAAUGCGUGGGGUCUACUGAAACUCCCAAAGAUGCCGGAGUUGAGAAAUUUCCAAGGCGAUAAGACCCUUGGUGUGAAUGUCGACUGGGAAAACUACACAUACAAGGACAAACAGCGGGAGAAACGCCGGCAGGAACAGCUGCAGGAGAGUGCCGAGAAUGGCAUUGCAGAUGAUCAAUUCACGGGGAAGAAACGGACUGUUGAGAGCGUCGCUUGGAGCAGGAACCUUGAUAACCGGAACAAGAAGCAGAAGCGCAGAGAGCUCAAGACUGUCCGUCAACAAAAGGACAAAUGGGAGAAGAUGACAGAAGAAGAGCGUCAAAAGGUUAUAGAGACAGAGAAAAUGAUCGAGCAGAUCCGGGCAAAGAACGAAGAAGAGCGACAGCUUAAACGUGCAGCCAAAGACAAGGGAGCGGAUGACGAGGACGAAUUCGAGGGUUUCGAUUGAUCUAGCAUACCGGCUUGGAUCUUUAAAUCUGUCUCAUAUUACCUUGAUACCAUUCAUGUGUCUAUAGACUCUUGCAAUCUAUAUCCAUUCAACA